AUGAAUCCAGCAUUAGUGCAAGGACAACAUGCACUCGUCUACAACCCUAUGCUUCCGCCUGGAUGGAUAGAGCAUCGCACACCCACUGGCCAGCCAUAUUGGUACAAUACCAUCACAAGACAAACUUCCUGGUUGUUUCCAUCCCCUUUACCACCACUUGCUCCACAAGAGGCCCAGCCCAGGAAGAAGAAGAAGCAGACCAAAAAGAAGAUUCCAGGUACAAAUUGGCUUUUCGUUUUGACGCACGACGGAUACGAAUUUUACUAUGAUCGAGAUACAAAGACGUCUGUUUGGGAGAUGCCUGAGGCAUUAAAGGAACCCAUGGAGGAACUCAAGAAACUAGACGAGGAGAAAGAAAUAGAAAAGAAGCUAAAGCAAGAAAACGAGGCUAAAUUAGUACAAAAAGAAAAAGAGGAUGCAGACAACAAAAAGAGGAUGCUAGAGGAACAAGAGGCAGAGCAAGAGGCUAAACGAGUCAAGUUAGAGCAAGAAAUUGCGCAGGAAAAUGGCGAUACUGAGCAAAAAGAGCAUGCCAAGGAGGAGGAUCUGGAGGCAACCGAAAUGACAGAGGAGGAUAUCAUGUGGCAAUUACAACAGAUGGCCGAGGCCGAGGUGGAAGAGACACAGGCGGCAGUACAAACAACACCAAAGGCAAAGGAACAGGCCAAGCAGGAACCCAAAAAGCCUGAGCUGUCAGAAGAAGAGUGCCUGGCUCAAUUCAACCAAUUGCUAGCAGAGAGAAACAUUUCGCCAUUUGCCAUCUAUUCAGCCGAAUACCCCCAAUUGAUGACAGACCCCAGAUUUUCAUUGGUACCACAUAACAAACAAAAGGCAUUAUUCAACAAGUAUUGCAAUGAACUGGGCGAAAAGAUCAAGAACGAAAAGAAGAAUAAAAAGAAACCUGAAGACGAAUUUAAAGAUCUGCUUGUUUCCAAGGUAACUCAAAAGAUGUACUGGGAUGAUUUUCGCCGUAAAUACAAGGACGAUCCACGAUUCAAGGCCGUUUCUGUUACCAAGGAGAGGGAAGCUCUCUUUAAAGAUCAUGUGAAACAUCAUCUGGGAAAGAAAAGGCCAACAGAUGAAUACAUGGAUCUCUUGCGUGACACAAAGGAUAUCCGGCCAGGGAUUCGAUGGAGAGAUGCCAAAAAGAUUCUUGAAAAAGACGAUAGGUAUUAUCUGGUGGAAUCAAAGAUCGACAGGGAGGAUUUGUUUCGUGAUUAUCUGCAAGACAUGUCCAGGUAG